GCCGGAGCAAGCGCGGCGCCGCGCAAGCUGCCGUCUCCGGCAAGGUCCGGACCCGGCGGAGGUGAACCGGAUCCUCCUCUCCCCCUCGCUGGAGAUGCCGUCCGCGAAGCGGCUCCCGUACUCCACGGCCGGGGGAGGAGGAGGAGGAGGGAGGCGCGGUGGCGGCGGCGCCUCCGGCUCCGGCGUGGUGGCGCCGCUGGUGGUCCUCGUGUUCCUGUUCGUGCUCGCGCCGUCGAUCUUCUUCGUCGCGCGCAAUGGCGGCCACGUCCACGUCGCCUCAGAUCCCAAGGAUAGGGAAAGUAAUCAGGAAACCGAUUGGCGAAAGCAACUGCCAACGAACAACCUGAAAUCCAUUUUGUCCAAGGAGAUAAUCAAUGCUUUAGCUGCUAGUCAACAAGAAGCAGGUUCUUUGAGUGUUGAUUUCUUCAGAAAACGUGCAUCUCCCUCUUGGAAAACUGAUGAUCUAAUCAAUGAACUGACAAAUUCUAGUUUGGAUGUUGAUGACAAAGUUAAAUCUGAAAACAGUUCUGCAGAACAUGAUUUAUCUCUUACAGAUAAAACACCAAAGGAUGAUACUGAUGAACACCAAGUUGAUGCAGCUGCAAAAAAUGCCCGAAGGAAACUAAGGGAGAAAAGGCGUGAAAAGAGGGCAAUGGAUUUGGUAAGGAAAGAUGACGAAGCACGUGUUAAGCUGGAGAAUGCUGCUAUUGAACGAUCAAAGGCUGUAGAUUCUGCUGUCCUUGGGAAAUACAGCAUUUGGAGAAAAGAGAAUGAGAAUGAGAACUCAGAUUCUACAGUUAGGUUGAUGAGAGACCAGAUUAUUAUGGCACGUGUUUAUUCUGUGCUUGCUAAAUCAAAGAACAAGAAUGAUCUUUACCAAGAACUGCUUACCCGGAUCAAGGAAAGCCAGCGGGCUGUUGGAGAGGCUACUUCUGAUUCUGACCUUCAUCAUAGUGCACCUGAGAAAAUCAGAGUAAUGGGUCAACUUCUAUCCAAGGCUAGAGAGGAUGUGUAUGACUGCAAGGCGGUAACUCAGAGACUUAGAGUUAUGCUUCAGUCAGCAGAUGAACAAGUCAGGAGCUUGAAGAAGCAGAGUACAUUUCUUAGCCAGUUGGCUGCAAAGACAAUUCCAAACAGCAUCCACUGUUUGUCUAUGCGCUUGACAAUAGAUUACUAUCUCCUCCCAUUGGAAAAACGGAAGUUCCCAAGGAGCGAGAACUUGGAAAAUCCAGAGCUCUAUCACUAUGCACUUUUCUCAGACAAUGUGUUGGCAGCAUCUGUUGUUGUGAACUCAACCAUCAUGAAUGCAAAGGAGCCUGAGAAGCAUGUUUUCCAUCUUGUGACUGAUAAGUUAAACUUCGGAGCUAUGAACAUGUGGUUUUUGCUGAACCCACCUGGGAAGGCCACCAUCCAUGUGGAGAACGUAGAUGAAUUUAAGUGGUUGAAUUCAUCGUACUGUCCUGUUUUACGGCAACUUGAGUCUGCAGCCAUGAAAGAGUAUUAUUUCAAGGCUGACCGCCCCACCACUCUCUCAGCAGGUUCUUCAAACCUAAAGUAUCGUAACCCCAAGUACCUCUCCAUGUUGAACCACUUGAGAUUUUAUCUCCCACAGGUCUACCCAAAGUUGGAUAAGAUACUUUUCCUGGAUGAUGACAUUGUCGUGCAGAAAGAUUUGACAGGUCUAUGGGAUGUUGAUCUUAAUGGAAAGGUUAACGGUGCAGUGGAGACCUGUGGGGAGAGUUUCCAUCGUUUUGACAAGUAUCUUAACUUUUCAAAUCCACAUAUCGCUCGGAACUUUGAUCCUAAUGCUUGUGGCUGGGCUUAUGGAAUGAACAUAUUUGAUCUGAAGGAGUGGAAGAAGAAAGACAUUACUGGGAUCUACCACAGGUGGCAAAACAUGAACGAAGACAGGGUCCUUUGGAAGCUUGGGACACUUCCACCUGGUUUGUUGACCUUCUACAAGUUGACGCAUCCCCUUGACAAGUCGUGGCAUGUCCUUGGGUUGGGAUACAAUCCAAGCAUUGACCGCUCAGAGAUAGAUAAUGCUGCUGUUGUUCAUUACAAUGGUAACAUGAAGCCAUGGUUGGAGUUAGCAAUGACCAAGUACAGACCAUAUUGGACCAGGUACAUAAAGUAUGAUCACCCUUACAUCCGUGGAUGCAACUUGGCUGAGUAGUUAUGAUGUAAAGCUGACGGAGAAGAUCGCCCAGCCUGAUCAGAAGCGCCCCUGCACACCCUGCGAAUGUGCUUCGAUCAAGUAUAGUAGCUAGAGCUGGAGCUGUCGAUCCCUGGUUUAAAAAGGAAGAAAGAAUGAUGGAUGUUCUCACGAACAUGUGUCAUAGAUGCUUACAGUAGUUCUUUCGUUCAAUUGAUGAUGUGCAGUUCUGUUUUGCCAUUGACAUUGUCAGGAGAAACCUGUUAAAUGUGUGUUUUAGCUGUUUGUGGUGGGUGUUGCCAUCGAAAUUAUCAGGGUGACGAGUUAUGUUGGCAACUGGCAUUACAUGGUCUCCUGUGAAUCAAUGAAAAAAAAAAUCAGAGGUUUCACGUGAUAA